CGGACGCGGUGAUAGACGACGACUGAAAUUGGCUUCGGCCUGGUGCGUGAUUCGAAGGAACUGGAGUUUUUAUUCGUAACAAAUGUUUGAGCCAGUGCCACAGUUGCUCCUGAAGUAUGAUGAACCGUACGUCGUUACUGAAACACCAGCAGACAGGGCAAUACGAGAAGCAGAGCCAGUCCCAGCAGCACAUGAACGCUUUUGUGAGAUACGGGAAGUCCUUAAUGCCAUUCGCCCUCCCAUAGAGUUUGAGAAGGAUGAUAUGCUGUGGAUUCAGCAGGUGUCUGGUGCUAGAGCUGACCGUACGGAUGCUGAGAGACUAAAUGAAAAACUGAAUUCUUUGCUACAAGAAAAACAGGCAAGACAAGUUGGUAUCUGUCCAAUGAGAAGAGAACUCUACUCUCAAUGUUUUGAUGAACUGAUACGACAAAUUACUAUUGAUUGUCCAGAAAGAGGCGUGCUGUUACUCCGAAUCAGAGAAGAGCUCCAACACACUCUGGCAGCUCACCAGGCACUCUAUGUGAACAGUGUCAGAAUUGGAGAGAGGAAGACGAUAAUGGAGCAAAUGGAAUUAAUACAGAAAAUGGAAAAUGAAGCAUGAUAUUCUUCAAGAGGAUAACAGUGGAUAAUGUCUCUUGCAUUUCCAUGGUCCAGGGGUUCCCGCCUGUGAUAAACAGGCUUCAAAUGGAGUUACUUUGUGUAAAAUUUUUGUUAUUGUCUUAUCAUGGAUUGGACAAUUGUGUUAACAAUACACUG